UCAUCUGAUACCGUGGUGCCUACACUGAGCCCAAGGAGCAGGGCGUCACUGGCUCCCAACCAUAUGCAGGAGGUGUGCCUGCACCGGGUGGAGUCCAUCAGCGACCUACACAGCGGAGGCUCACUGUGCCCCUACCUGGCCGAGGAGGCACAGCCGUGGGAAGAACUGCUGGGGGUCUUGCCACCGUCAUUGUGCGCCCAGGCUGGCUGUGGCCCUGUGUAUGGCCGUGGGGGCUUCCUGCUCCUGCUCACACUGCUGGUGCUCACCUGUCUGGCGCUUGCCAUCCUGGCCGUCUACCUGAGUGUGCUGCAGAGUGAAUCCCUGCGUGUCCUGGCGCACACACUGCGGACACAAGAAGAGACGCUACUCAAACUCCGGCUUGCCAGCCUCAGCCAGCUUCGAAGGCUCAACUUGAGUGAGGCCCGAGCACCCAGCUGA